AUGGCCGCCGGAGCAGUCAAACCAGCUGUGAGCUACGCAGCUGUAGUAGCCAAAGGCACAAGCGCAUCAUCCCACCAUGACCCGGAUUCGCCUUCGCAUGGCAGUCCCGAGCGCACGAGCCCCAAAGGCAAAGCCCGGGACAGUCGAGUAAACUUUGCGGACAGCCCGGCUCCGAACGAGAGAACUGCGUUGCUUAGACAGCAACGGUCGCCGUCUAGUGGCAGCCAUGGAUCUGAUGAAGAACAAGGCGACGCAUACGAAGAGGCUGAAGAUCGAGGAUUCGUAACCCGUGCAAAGCGAGCUCUUGGAUUUGGCAAAGGCGAAAAUGACACUCUGCCGCUCUAUGCUGAAGAUGGACGUACCCAGCGACGUAUCCGACUCAGCAGCGGUCUCGGGGCACUUUUAGGCCUUAUCAUCAUCGCUGUUUUAAUCGCAGGAGCUCUGCUGGUUCGUUCAGGCGACCAUGCCACCGGUCCUUCUCCGAGCCCUCCAACUCCGGCAUACCCUAUGCCUUCGGGUGGAACAAGCGGCCCCCGCAAUCCUGCGUACCUUAUCAAGGCAGAACAUGGUGCCGUGGCUAGCGAAGCCAGAGUUUGCUCUCAAAUCGGGGUGGAUGUUCUCAAGGAUGGAGGGAACGCGAUUGACGCUGCGAUUGCGAGCAACCUGUGUGUCGGAACCGUCAAUCCUUUCUCAGCUGGUAUUGGAGGCGGUGGAUUCAUGGUCAUUCGUAUUCCUCCUUCAUCCCCAGAGAAAUCUUCAACUGUACACACGAUUGACUUCCGCGAAACGGCACCAGCAGGAUCGAAUAGCUCCAUGUUUGCCAAAUCUCCGCUUCUCUCCAAAUUUGGUGGCCUUUCUGUCGCUGUUCCAGGAGAAAUCAGGGGUCUUCAAGCCGCUCAUUCUCAAUUUGGACGACUCCCUUGGUCUCGCUUGUUUGAGCCUAGCAUUCAGCUCGCAAAUGGGGGCUGGGAGGUUACCACUGAACUUGAUAGACGCAUCAGGGUGUUCGGAAAGGGGUGGAUGGAAAACGACAAGGAUUGGAGUCCUGUUUUUGCCCCCGGAGGAACACUACUGAAGCAGGGCGAUUGGAUCAAGCGCGAGAAUUUUAGUUAUACUCUGAGUUCUAUCGCUAGCGAGGGGGCCGAUGCCUUUUACAAAGGCCCCAUUGCUUCAUCUCUCAUUUCCAAGGUUCAGGCGACUGGCGGAAUCAUGACAUUGGAGGACCUUGAAUCAUACAAAGUCGUCGAGCGACCAGCGUUGAAGAGUACAUAUCAAGGACGUCAUAUUUACACAACACAUGCUCCGUCCAGCGGCCCGGUAUUGAUUCACGUACUCAAUGCCCUGGAGAGAUUUGGUUCUGGGCCCAACGUACAUGAUCAAGUCGCAAUGCAGAAAGAGGGUGGUUUAUGGUGGCAUAGGGUCACAGAGGCGUUGAAAUUCGGUAGUGCUGCACGCACGCGCCUCGGCGAUCCGGCGUUUGGUAAUAACCAUAAGCUCAUGGCUAAAAUACCCACCAAGGAGUUCGGAAAUAACGUUUCCUCUCGCAUUACUGAUGAUACCACGCAUACUCCCGACUACUAUAACCCAGUUUACGAUGUCCAAAUCGACCAUGGAACAACCCAUACGUCUGCCGCAGAUGCGGACGGCUUUGCGAUUGCACUUACUAGUUCGGUCAACCUAAUCUGGGGUUCGCGUGUGAUGGACCCUGCAACUGGCGUGAUCUUUAAUGACGUAAUGGAUGACUUUUCAACUCCUGGACUCCCCAAUGCUUUCGGACUGUGGCCUAGCCCCUGGAACUACCCCGAGGCUGGAAAACGCCAAGUGUCUUCUAUGGCUCCCACAAUUAUGGAGCAUCCCUCUGGAGACUUUUAUCUGACACUGGGUGGAUCAGGUGGCUCGCGGAUUUUCGGGGCUAUCGCUCAGGCCAUUGUUAACCUCGAUCGCGGAAUGAAUAUUUCUGGAGCGGUUGAAGCUCCUCGAGUCCACGACCAGCUUUUCCCAACUCUGGUGAGCAUUGAGAGUGGGUUUGGGCACAAGGAGAUCGACGCAUUGAAGCAAAGAGGUCACAAUACGUCUGUGUUUGAUAUCAACCUCGGUGUAGCCGAAAUACAAGCUGUCACACAAGACAUGGAUGGGCAAUUUUUCGCUGCGAGCGAUUCAAGGAAGAAUGGUGUUGCAGCUGGGUGGUAA